CUCAACACUCCAAACACAAACUAAUCAUAACCAUCUUAUAUAUUCAGUAAGAAAAAAUGGCUUCUUCUAUCUAUGCGUAUGCACUUAUUUUCUUGUGCAUACCCAUCGAAGUUUCUCCGAGUGUCUCACAAUUACAUGGAGGUGACGAUCUUUUGCCAGGUUUAGACCGUCAAGUCAAUAAUAGUCUUGUUUUGGAUACCACAAAAUGUAUAGCAUCGGUGUUAGAUGUUCCUGGAUGUGUUGAGGAAAUUAUAACAUCUCUCUUAAGUAUUCAACUACGAUUGAUUGGUCCUCAAUGCUGCAAAGCUGCAUUAGAAUUUGAGGAUAGUUGUUUGCCUAAUAUCUUCCCUUUGAGUUCUCUUUUCCCUUUUACACUUAGGAGUCUCUGCCCCAUUCAGGGUUCAUUACCACCAACACCCCCUCAACUUCUAGUUCCAACAGUAGCACGCAAAGUUAAGAACUAAGUUGUUUAGUUGUCAUCAUUUUAAUUCUUUUUAAUAAACCGGUGGUGAUCGGACUUGCACCUCUUCAUAAUUAGUACCAUGUUGAAUCUUAUGAUUGUUUUAUUUAAAUGAUG